CUUGCUUCGUAAAAGUCUUAAUUCUUUUUCAAUAUGCGAGCAUUGUUAAAAAUAUUCCUUUUAGGAGUUUUUGUCCAAAUAACCCUUGGAAUAGGAUUGUCUUCCAAUGACCUAGAGCGAAGACUCGUGAAUCUGGAAGCCCGGCAAAUUGCUGAUAAUGAUGCCUUUGAAGAGCGAAUUCAAAGAUUAGAGAACCACUUGCCCAUCCAACGUAGAAUUGAAAUUACUCAAUCCAACCCUGUGAACUCGCAUCUUUCUCUGGACAAUGCGGAGAAUGUUGAUAUCGAAAAAAUGGUUGGUGACAGACUCGACAAAUUGAAAAAUGGCUUAAAGAAAGAGUUGGCGGAUCAACUGAGAAACCUCACUUCGAAAUUCGACGGCAUUGUAGAUAAGUUUCCCUCGAUAGAAAAUAAUGUGGCAUUCGGCAAGACUGGAAACAAAUUUAAGAAGAUUGGUGAAAAGUAUUAUAUUAUCGAAAAUGACGCUCAGGUGGACUGGGACUCUGCCAAGACUAUUUGUUCUUACGUUAAUGGACAUCUGGUGUCUCUUCAAAAUGAAGCGGAGUGGAAGGCACUUGCCGAGAACCUGAAAACCGACAGAAACUAUUGGGUGGAUAUUAAUGACAAGGAACAAGAAAAAAAAUUUGUAUCUGACUUAACCGAGAAAGAAGCAAGCUUCUUAAAGUGGCGUGAGGGCGAACCUAAUAAUGGAGGCGAUGACGAUGAUGAUGAUGACGAUGAUGACGAUGAUGAUUCUGAUGAUUCUGAUGAUGUUUCUGUUAUUGAAGAUUGUGUGGAAUUGCGAGGAGAUUCUAAAUUUUAUAUGAAUGACGCUCAGUGCUCAAAUCGGGCUAAUUUUAUUUGCGAAGCAUUUGAUUUGUAAUUUAAAGUAAUAAUUAGAAGAUAUUCCACCGAAUAUAAAGUUUAAAAGAUGAAAUUAA